UUUGUGAAAAAGCUACCCUCUCGCUACUUCUCCAAGGUUCGCUGCACUAAAGAUCCAUUCUGAGCGCGUCUUGCACCCUACCUCACGUGGAACAAAGCCCAACAUUCUUAGUUCGUGAAUCGCGACCUUCAGCGAUCUCUGGCUGCAAUCGCCGCCAGCUUUCUCUCUCUCUCUCUGAGGAAGUUAGAGGUCGAUAGAUAUGACGACGGAGAGCCGGCGGGGGAUGCCGGCAGCGGGCAAGGCGCGGUCGACGCUACGGGCGAUCAACAUCAACGCUUCGGCUCAGAAGGUGGCGGUGGACAACCGGAUCUCCCUCCACUAUUAUUAUCGAAUAGCCGAAAAUCUUCUCCGGCAGGCCAGUAUAUAUCGGGAGGAGAAGAAUCUGGUUGAUUUGUAUAUCAUACUCCUUAGAUUUUCAAGUUUAAUGUGUGAAACAAUACCUUCACAUCGAGAUUAUCAGGUCUUGCUUUUGAAAGAAAAAUCUGCUUUUAGGAAGAAACUGCUUGAUGUUAUUAAUGAGCUUGAAGCUCUGAAGCCACUUGUGCAACAACAAGUUGAUGAAAUCAAUAAGGGGAGUAUGCAUCAAACUAUUGGAUUGGACAAGGCUUCUUUUGAUCAUGGUAGAAAGCAGCUCUUCUCAACUUCUUUUUCCAUGCAGCCGCCCGCGCAAUUUACAUUUGAACUAUUUCAGAAGCAGAAUCUAGAGAGAAAUCAGGUUAAACGGACACUUAAUUUGCCUCAUCCAAAGGAAGAAACAUUAUCCAGACACUCCAUUUUAGGCCCAAAUGGGCUCCAAGGCCCGUGGAAAGGACCUAUUUCUGGUAUUAGGGUUCAAUAUCCCAGCAAUGUUGACUUGACACAGAGUGAAAUACCAGGGUUAAAUCAGGAGUCUCACGACCCUGCCAUUUUGCCAGAAAGCUAUUUGAAAGGACGAAACUCUGCUAUGGACGCCGUGCUAUCUCUGGAUGAUGGCGGUUGGCCAAUUUCAGGAGAAGGAUUCGAUUCUUUGGCUGCACAUACUAUAAAAGAAGAAUCUUUACAGUUGAAUAUUAGACAACCAUCUAUUCCUCCUGUUUUUGCUCAGGUUCAGUCAGAACCAUAUUCAUUAUCUCCAUCAAAAGUUGCAGAUCCGAGACCAGGACUGCCAAAACUUUCCCAAGAGGGAGAUUCUACGACAUAUCAGAAAUUACAUGUACCUGUGCAGAUGUUGGAAUGUUUCUUGAAGCUUGCCGAGAGAAACACCACCAAGAAUCUGGAGACAUGUGGAGUUCUUGCAGGCUUGUUAAAAAACAGUACUUUUGUUGUGACGACGCUAAUAAUCCCAAAGCAGGAGUCAACAUCUGAUUCGUGUCAGACAACCGAUGAGGAAGAGAUAUUUAAUGUUCAAGAUGAACGUUCACUAUUUCCGCUUGGCUGGAUUCAUACACACCCAACACAAACUUGCUUCAUGUCAUCAAUUGAUCUUCACACUCAUUAUUCAUAUCAGAUUAUGCUUCCUGAAGCAAUUGCAAUAGUUAUGGCUCCAACUGAUACAACAAGAAAGCAUGGCAUCUUCCACCUGUCUGAGCCGAGCGGCGUCUCAGUUAUUCGCAACUGCCAAGCGCGUGGGUUUCAUCCUCACGAGGAACCUUCUGAUGGCAGCCCAAUCUAUGAGCAUUGUUCUCAUGUUCUCAUGAACGCUAAUAUUAAGUUCGAUGUUGUUGACCUUCGUAAUAAAUAAACUUGACUACUUGCUAUCGGCAGAGAUAUUCCCUGGGUCGAAGACAAUGUUACUAAUUGCUGAGGAUCAAACUUACUGCCUUGUGCUGAGACUUUGGCGUUCUAUUAUUACUUGUGAUGCUUCUUCCUCGUGCUUAUCUACAUUCGUAUCUUUGACAUUUUAAUAUUGUAACAGCACGGUUAUGCUGUCAUUAGCUCUCUGGCUCUUUUUUUUUUUUGAGUUGUUAUAAUCUCAGCUGUGGAUUGUUGGGAUGCAAUGUUAAAAUUUACAUCAACCUAAAAUCAUCAGAUGUAAGUUAAACUUAGGUCAUGAAAUUAUGUGUACAUAUCUAAUAUUGUGUACAUUACCUGAAGUUUAUUUAAAGUAUAUUUCUUCGUGUGACAUGCCGUCAAC